AUGAACACAAGCGCAAGAACUUUCUUCUCCUACCCUUCGUUCCCCUCCUCGCCGACAGCCGGUGGGGCCAUUGGCCUUAUGAAUGACGAGGAGGCGACCGGGGGCCGCUCUUCUAGAGGCCUCGCCAGAAUCUGACGUGGCAAGAAUGCUUGGCUCCCAAAGUGGUGGAUUCUUAGAAGAAUUUCUUAUAAUUUCAGGAUUAAUAGCGGUGCAAGUAACUAGUGCCAUUUAUAUGGUGAUGUUAACUCCAAUUCUUGCAAGCGGAGUCAGGCCUCUAUUUCUCAUUAUUUUUGCUUGUAUGGCCACUUGCAUCUUUGUGUUGCCAUUUGCGAUUGCAAUUGAAAGGAAGAAAUGGCCAUCAAAAUUGAGUAUCAAAUUGGUGGCUCAAAUUCUGUUGAUAGCGCUAUCAGGGUAAGUGAAUUCAUUC